AUGUCUGCGAUAGACAGGCAAUUCCCACCCAUCCACACCGAAAGACUAACCCUCAGAGCAUUUGACCCUUCGCGACCUUCCGACUACGACGCUGUCCUUAAAGUGUACAAUUCUCAAUACAUGCGCAAAGCCGUGGGCGAUGUAGGUGUGCAUACCCGUGAGGACCUGGACGUGCGAUGCCGAAAAUUUGGACUUCAUUCCAAAAGCUCCGAGAGCGAUGCGAAGCCUCUCCCCUCUCAUCCGGUCCAUCUCAUCUACCUCCGUUCUACCAAUACCUUCAUCGGAGUGACCAGUCUCUUCCAUCGUCGGCCCCUGCCGUACCCGGACAUCGGCUAUGCCAUCUUCGAGGAGUACGCAGGACACGGCUUUGCAACCGAAGCAGGCAAAGCCGCUGUCCAAUGGUGGAAUGAAGAGAUGGGCGUGGAGAAUAUUUGGGUUGGCACCUUCGACACCAACAUUCGGAGCCAGAGGGUUGCGAAGAAGAUGGGCUUGAUCGAUGGCGGAACCAUCACUGUCAUGAUGCCGAAUAAUAUAGUGAAAGCCGGCUAUGCGUUUGUCCCGCCUAGUAUGGGAAGACGUUUGGAUGGAGUCAUGGUGGAUGUUUCCCAGACAUCUGAAUGA